AUGGUUAAACUAGAAUUGCUUUCGGUCUUAGUUGUUCUUUUGCUCAGCAUAAACUAUUCUAGUGGUGCUACGUUGUAUGAAGCUCCAACAUCAAUCGGAAAUUAUGAGUAUCCAUAUGAUGUCUAUAUUCCGAGUAAUUUCACUAUUCCGGACAAGAAUGUUUAUAAAUUUAAGUUAUAUUCUGCUGCACUUGUCUGGUAUAAAUGUAACAGUACUAGUAGUAAAAAAUGGGGUAUUGUAUAUUUUAACAAAAAAGAAGACCGCUUCUUCUACCCCUCUUCAGUUGUGGCUGCAUUAAAUUCCAGAAAUGGUGAAGAACGUGUUAUUUCAGCUAUUCCAAAAUAUGAUAAUUCAACAAUGACUGUAACUGUUAUUGGUACCGCACCAUCAUCGAAUCCAACGGAAGAUUACUUUAAUGAACUUCUUGCGGUUAAAAAUACCACAGGAAGAGGGGCAUUUUCAGAUCUUACCUAUUUCAUUCUUACAGAUGUUAAGGGCGGAGUAGCACCACCAAAUACAGAAUGUGGUACCACUUAUCCAGAUGGUUAUAUAUAUUCUGUAUCGUUGACUGCAACUCUCUUAUACUUUCAUCCUGGUCCAAAAUA